AUUAGCUGCUAAGUCAACCUGAUUCAAGUUGGCCACUGGGACAAUCGCUUUGGCAUUAACAACUUGUCCGGUUUUCUGGUAUUUUCACUGGGUCAUGGAAUUCUGAGAUGCUUGUUUUACCACUAUGAUGUUUUGUUAAAUUUUCGUGAGUGAAUUGGAUUGACAAUAGGGUUAAAUGUUCAGCUAAUUGAGAGGAUUAAUACGAUGACCGAAGUGAACGAGAAUUCAGACUCUGGAAUUAAUUCAGCGCCUAUCCAGUUAAGUGAAGAUGACUGGCUACAAUUAUUACAGAAGCUCACACCAUCUAGUAUUGAAAGCUUGCAGCAAACCUUAAGACGAUUACAAACCCCUGAGGUUAUCAAUACAACAGAAAAAGGAAAUUCAUCAAUACCUUUUGUCAGCUGCUCGUCUGCUGUUCUUGCACCACAGCCUGUUGUUACUCAGGCUCAUCCGAUCGUUAUGUCACUUGGUAUGCCUAGAACUCCUAUUGCUCCGGUAGUGGCAAUGCCACAUGUCCUAAAUAUUUCUAAAAACACAGCAACUCCUCUUCCAGGAAGGAUUGUUCUCCCUUCAUCAGCGCUUCUUAUUGCACCUCCAGCCCAUGGACAAACAUACUCCUUAGAUUCGUGUCUACCAGUUGCUGACCUGAGUAGGUUAGUUGUCACUAGUGGCUGUUUGCCGAGUGUGACCUCAGGUUUGCUUGCAGCUACAACUGUACCGGAAUCCUUCAGUAGUUUAAACACACUAGCCAAUGCAGCGGUUGCUAUGGCUGCAAACGCCUCACACUGGUCAUCUAGUGUUUCAGUUCCAACCACUACCACUACCACUGCUACUACUACAGUUCAAAUGUCUAAUUCAUUUCGAUUCUCUCCUAUUCCAUUUACUUCUAUUUCAACUGGUACUACUAUUUCCACAUGCAAUUCUGUGAACGAAUUAAUUCAUCAUUCUACAUCUACAUCUAAUUCCGAGUUUACUACACCUAUUUUAUCAAGUUUAGGAUCAACAGGUUUAACAGUUUAUCCAGUUCAUGUUUCUGCAAAUGGUUCAACUGUACUAGUUGCUACUGCAUCAACAACAGCUCAAGAUAUUUCUAAAUCACAUAUUACAACUAAUUCAUCAACAUCAUCUGCUUAUUCUACAUCAUUUGGAAAUUAUUUAAAUUCUACUGUAGAAACAUCUAGCUUAUCUCCAUUAUCUAUUACAUGUAGUUCUAAUCUAUCUUCUAAUGCAAUUACUAGUCCUACUCCCAUACUUACAUCAACACCUCGUGGAAAGCCUAAAUUUAAAGCAUUAUGGGAGUCUACUCUCUCUAGUAAUGAAAAAACUAAUCAGUCUAUUGUUAAUGAAUCCUUAACAAAUCUUGAGCAUACAAUCCAUUCUGUCGAUGAAUGUACAAUUACAAGUCCUACAUUGUCAGCAAGUUCUUCAACUUCAAGAAUAAAUCGUUCAAAUAAACGUCAAUCUCCUAUGCCUGGAGUUAAGUCUAUUGGUCAAACACCUAAACGACUUGCUGCAACAGCAGCAACACUUUCACAAGAAAAUAAAACAAACUCAUCAGAUGGAUCUAAAAAGUUUCUUCUCAUUUGCUCUCCAUCUAAAAAUGUUCCAAUAAAAUCUCAAAUUGAAUCCGAUUCCGGUAUAUGUUUACCUGGUAAUCUUUCAGAGUCUAUUUUGUCAAAAAGUACAUCUUCAUGCACAGAACUAGAUAUAAUGGAAUCUUGUAAUUCUAAUACUCGUCAAUUGAUUACUAAUGUAUCAGAUGAUCGUGUAAAAUUACUUAAAACUACAGAACGUAACAAUAAUAUUUCAUUGAAACAAUCCAAUUUAUUACAUUCUACAGGAUCUAAUGUUUCGUCUAGCCGUGAUUCUUCAGAUAUUGUUGAAUCUGAUCCUAUUGUUUCUGAAGUGUUUAUUGGGAAAACAUUCGAAAGUGGAAGACGAAGUUUAAAAGAAGAACCAGUUAGUGAUGAUGAGGCUAGACGUCGUGCUAAACGACGUGAACGUAAUCGAGUUGCAGCGGCCAAAUGUAGACAAAGAAGACAAGAUCAAAUUGAAGAAUUACAACAUCGUGUUGAUGCAUUGACUAGAACAGGACAAGAACUUCGUGCAUCUCUACAUUCGUUAGAUUUAGAACGAGCUAGAUUAGAAAGUCUUGUUGAAGAGCAUAAAAAUGCUGGUUGCUCUGCGGCAGAGAAAAUUUUGUCUAUGAAUAGAAAUUAUUCUGAAAGUUCUGGAUUAUUGGAAAAUUGUUUAGAUCAUUUAAAAACAGAUGAUUUGAUUGGAGGGAACACCGCAUAUUAUGAUGACAAAUUGGUUAUAGUUUCAUCCACAGGGACAUCAAAUACUACUAUGUCCGAACGUUUAUCUAUUUCUUCUUCUAAUCCUACAGCUUCACACCUUUCAUCUUCUGUUGGAUUGAUUUCAACUUUUUCUACAAUGAACAGUACAACUGGUGCUACUGUCACAGUUAGUAGUGCUAGUAGUAGUAAAUCGGUAUCUAAUCAUUUGAAUGCUCAUUCGAAUCUAUCGAAAUCAGAAUUGCGUCUUCAUAAUCGUCUAACUACAAGUUUUGUUCCACUUAUCCCAAAUACUUCUAAUAAUAAUAAUAAUAUCCAUUCCACAGUUAAUACUACUGUUGCUACUACUCGCAUCACUACUAAUAAUGCAACUGAUACUGUUGAAAAUAUUCAUGACACGAUCAAUACUUCGACUACUACUACAACUAAUAGUAGUGGUAGUAAUGGUGGUCUUAUAAUUAAUUCCAGCGAAGAUCAGAAUCGUUUAACUUCGUCUACAUCAACUAAAUUAAUUUCAGAAACAAGUGAUACUUCAACAACAAAAAAUAUUGUCACACGUUUUGUUUCUCGUCCAUCCACUCUACUACCAUCUUCAUCGUCAUCAUCAUCAUCAUUAGCUCAACCUUUAGAUUUAAUCAAAGCACAACGUCAAGCUCUAUCGAAAGUUACUGAUGGAAUAAAUCAAAUAAAUUCAAGUAAUUUAACACCAUGUUUUUGGUCAUCAGAUUUACAAAAUUUAUCACCCAUUCUUACACCAUCCACAUGGAAAUUAUUGAAAAAUUUAACUUCCAGUAGUAAUAUUACUGCUAAUACUACUACUACUACUACUAACAAUAAUAAUAAUAAUAACAAUAUUAAUAAUAAUUAUAAUAAUAAUAAUAACAACAAUAAUAGUAUUAUUACAAAUAGUAUACAACAAUCUUUUCUUCUAACACCAACAGUAAGCCCACUUUAUCCUGUUUUACCUGCACAAUCGUUCACUUCUAUUACAAGUAUGGAAUCAUUGAAAUCUGUCAGUAAUCCUAUUACUAUUAUUGCCAAUACAACUACGAGUAAUCCUACUACUAUCACUACCACUAAUAAUAAUAAUACUGAUACACGUAUUAUUAAUAAUGAUAAUAAUAGUAAUACUAAUCUCUCUACGGAUGAAUCUAACUCAACCAAAGAUGUAAAUAAUAACUUUUCUAACAAUUCUACUACUGUUACAGCUACAAACAAUACUACUUAUUCAUCGUUUAAAACUACCUUCAACAACUGUGAUAAUAAUAAUAAUAGUAAUAAUAAUAACAAUAAUUCAAGUGAAUCACCAAGUAUUCCUAUCAAAGAUACUAUUACUACUACUACUACUACAAAUAAUAAUAAUAAUAACGAGUCCAGUUGUAUUACACAACUGCAACAGUCAACUCAAUUAAAUGGACAAUAA